ACCAUUUCCUUUUGACACACAGACUGUCCCGUUAGAGCCCUGCCCAAGCCACCGCUCCGACGUAUCUUGGCCUCCGUAAAGCUGACUUUGGUUUUGAAAAAGCCUUGAUGAGUUUUGGUCCAACAGCGCGGAAGCCGUCCCAGAAUCCCUUGAGCGUUACAGAUAUUUUUGUGCUGGUUUGUGAAGUCGGUGUAAGCUCGCCCAGGAUGAGAGGAAGUGUGAGGCAGGCUGGGACGUGACCAUGACAGCAUCGCCAUGGAUACUGAUUAUCAUCUGUCUUGCGAUGGUGACCUCCAUUGAAUCAGGGUGUGAUUUUACGGUGGAUUAUCGCAGUGGUACCAAAGGCACUUUCUCUUCACCAAACUUCCCAGCACCGUACCCAGAACUAGCGAACUGUCACUACGUAUUCCAGGCAGCCGACAAUGGUCGAGUCCAGAUCAGCUUCUCUUUCUUUGAGCUAGAGGAAACGAAUCCAGAUACAGGCUGUGUCUAUGACCACAUCAACGUUUACAGCCUGGACAACCGGGACGAGAAGAUGUUACUGGGGCAAUUCUGCGGCAGCUCUCCCCCUGACCCAGUUGUCUCCCUUCAUCCCAAACUUGAAGUCCAGUUCAUCUCCGACUACACCAAGAGUAUGAAAGGCUUUCUAGGCAACUACGAAUUCCUGGGAGAUACCUGGCUUCCCUUUAAGUCUACAGAGAGAGGCUGUGGUCCCAGUCAACUGGACGGAGUGUCAGGAGCAAUUACCUCCCCUGUUCUCAAUGCACAUCACAAGGGACCAGUGGAGUGUGUUUAUUUACUAAAAAGGGACAAAGAUACCCACCUUCUGCUGCAUUUUGUUGAUGCAGAUCUGGGUUACAAAAGUGGUGGAAAAUGUGUGGGUAGUCGUGUAGAACUGUAUAAUGGUUUCCCCACCCCUGUGAGUCUCCCAGACGACCAGGUGUGCGGUCAGCUAACGUCAGAUCGAGAGUUCUUGUCCAAGUCUUCUAGACUUGUCAUCAGGUUUGUGUCUGAUGAUGAGGGUCAUCAAAGGAACAGUUUUAAACUAAUCUGGACACAGGUGACUUUGGCUGAAGAUGGUCAUUGUCAAGGUCACUUGUGUGGUCAGCGUGAUUACUGUGCAGAUGCUGAUCGGGGUGUCUGUAACCCUCACCUAAGGUUCUGUAUCCAUGACGACCUCCGUUGUAAUAGCAUCCCCAACUGUGGGCCUUCUGAUCAUAGUGAUGAAAACAUGUGUGGAAGAGACAUUGCCAUCAUCUGUAUUUCUGUACUAGCGCCUCUUUUUGUUUUAACACUCAUAGCCAGUUUGACAUUUUAUUAUUACAAAAAGCGAAAAGUGAAACAGUCUGUGACGUUACAAGGAGUGUUACCUCCCCCUCCCCCAAUACCCCACGACAUAGAGCGACUGCAGCACAGUCCAUCAGCGCAAAGACACUGCUCAAAGAUUUUACACACCUCUUUUAUUGAUGGGGAGGCAUCCAGGGACUACCCAAGCGAGACUACUUUGGAGCGGCAAAGGGAGGUAACUCGAGAGCACAGAAGGGGAGUAACUUGGGAUUUACCAAACAGCAGUGAGACAACAUGUGGUAGUGAGUACCCCAGUCCAAGUAGCCUGAAGCGAAGUGAUGGCCGUACGAAGACUGUAGAGUUUGUUCCCCUUCAGGCCAUGAAGCGACCUUCCUAUCAUCUGAUGAAACAGACGUACACGGAUGACGGAGGUCGAUCAGUUAUCAUUGCUGAGAUUUGAAAAUGGUGCUGACCUUCACUGAGUUUUUAUGUUUGGACAAAAUUUUCAAGGAUUUGCUACCAAUGGGAAGUGUUUUUGAACCUAAAUUCUUCUUUUUGUGUGCUUCAUGGAAAUAUUUUGAGCUGGUGUAACUGAAUUGAUAUGGGGUGUAAUACCCUGUACAUGUUCAUCUAACCCUAUCAUGCAGGCUGAAUGAUCUGUACAGAUGAUUUGUGCUAGUUUAUAGUUAAUAUCAAAGAUAUAUAAACAGAGAGAAAUAUGCCCACUCUGUUUACAUGAUUCCCUGCCUAGGUACACCCACUUCACAUUGAUAGGUGCACAUUGUCACAGUAAUAGCCAAACUGACAUUUUUAUGUAUAUAUGAUCACAUCACAAUGCAUUCUGGUGAAAUUGACAGCACUUGCUGAUUGUGACGUGCAGACUGCAAACUGUUUCCCUCUGUGUCACUUUGUGAAUUUUUAGUAACAUUGCCACAGUGAUCUGUGACACACUGCAAAACAUCUCUAUUUAUGUUGUACAUCUGUUAAUAUGUUAUCUUGAUCAAAAUGGAGACAAAAUUAAUAAACUGCAAUUUAAAUAUCCAGACAGCCGAUUUACCUUUGACCAAUGGGGAUGGAGACUGGCACUGGUUCAGCUGUUGUUUCCAGUAUAUUUUGGGGCCUCCGUGGCCAAGGUGGGUUGCACGCCAGCGCGGCGCAAUGACCCCAGGAACCUCUAACCAGUGCGGUAGCUGUGGGUCCAGCUCAUGCUCACCUCUUCUUUGGCCAUACGGGGAAAGGCAUGUCUUCAACCUUGGGUUUUUCCCGGGCUCUGUCCAGUUUUGCCCCCCACCUUAAUCCUGCUUGACAUCGUAUAAGUGAAAUAUUCUUGAGUAUGGGGUAGAACAGCAAUCAUAUCAAAUCAAAAUCCAGUAUAUUUUGUUAAGUACACUACUUGGCAAUAGGCCAUGAUUUAUUUUGGUCAUUCCAGUUUCACCCACCCAUAAAACUUACCGCUGUAGCAUAAUGGAAAAAUUCUUUAGUAUGGCACGUGAAACACCAGUCAAAUAAAUAUUAAAUAAACAUUAUUAAUUUGACUAAAGUGAAAUGUUGCCUCUGGCUCGAACACAAAAUUUUGAUUGUGAACAAAUAUUUACAACAAAGUUACAUGUACUAGUUCUGUUUGUAUGAUACGCUAUAUAAUUUAAUUGUUAGUCAUCCUUUCAUUUUUCUCACAACUUGAUGAAAUUUUUUUUUGUACAAUUUUGAAUGUUUUAUGACUCCAAAAGUCAUCAGUGCUGUUUGUUGCAUUAAGUUGCAUUUUAUUCAUAGAAACUUUUCCACACAUAAUCAUACGCUCUGCUGAAUGGAAGAAUUUUACAAACAGAAAUAUAGUUUAGGUUCUACCCCUUACAUAUGAACCUCAGUACUCCCCGGGAUUCAGAGAAAGUAAUCUGAGGUGAUAUUUUGUGAUAAAAUUGUUUUGUAGACUUGUAGAGAAAUUGAAGAUCAUUUUAACACAAGUUGUGAGUUGUUAAUUUGAUGUGUUUGAAGAGAUAUUUUAUAGUAUGUUAUAGUGUUGUAUUAGAAUAUAUACAUUCCUAUAAUAUGGCACUUAGUCAUUCCUUAGUACAUUGAUAUUGUAGAAUAUUAUGUAUAAAUUUACCGCUGAUGCUUUGUUUAGUAAAUUACAUGAAUGUAUAUGUGCUGAUAGUUUACAUGGGAGGGGAAGGUGUAAACUGUAGCCUCUAAAGGAACAUCACGCUGUUGUGCUGAAAACUCGACCACAUUCCAAUUCGAGAAAUUUCGACUCAAAAAUCUUUCAAAAUUUCCAUUUUUUUAUGCUAUCGUAACUAGAAGUACAGGUAAUAACAUCUCAGUUACAUUUCUGGAUAUCUGUAAAUGUACAGUAAAAUGCUGUACAGCUCAUUAUAGGGCUGCAAUAAAGGCAAU